AUGACGGACUUCAACACCUGCCCUUUCUGCCAAUAUCGUGGAGACGACACGUACGCCAUACAGCUUCAUAUCGAAGAGCGGCAUACCGAAGACUCACCAUGGGUCGUGAAGGAUGAUACGAUACCACCACCGAAAGCACCUCUUCGACAAGCUGUACCUUCUGGCAGCAGCUCAGACAGCGAGGAGAACCCAUGGAUCAAAUGCACCCGCCCGCAAUGUAAUGAGUACAUCCUCGUCGCAGACCUGGACGACCACUAUGAGAUGCAUCAGGCGGUCGACCUCGCAGACGCAGAGGAAGCAGCCGCGACAAAAGGUGGCAAACGCUCAGCCCCUCGUCAGGAGGAGUCCCACCGCAGCCCACGCAAGCAUCCUCGCUCACAGCGACCAGAGUCACCUCGAAGCAGUCACGGACGUAAUAUUCUGGACUACUUCAGUGGUAACUCCUCCGUCGGCCGCCCACCACCCCAGCAUCGCAGGAUUAAGGAGCCGCGGGAGCCAGGGCGGUUAGGCAGGCGGGAGUUGGGUCCGCAUGCGUAUGAGAAGCGCAUGCCGGAGCAGGUUCGUCGUAGUCUGCUUCGUGACGCUGAACCGUACGAGAGCAAUCGCAUUGGUAGGGAUGGCAAACUCCAACGAGAGAUGACAGUCGACAAUGAAACAAGGGGUCUGAUACCCAUUCUAGCCGACGUCUGCGCGCUGGAUAAGUCGACGACAGCUAGUUACUUCUGUGACCCAAGCGUACGGCAUGUGUUCAAGCUCCGCUGCGACGGCAACUUCUGCGGCUACUGGAACAUACAGAUGCUGCUCUCAUACCUCUACGCUCAACAACAGACCAGCGAAAACGACAGACCGCGUUCCCUGCCCAACAUCAUUGAGAUCCAAGAGACCAUCGAGCGGGCCUGGGAUAACGGCAUCUGUACCUACGGCCGCAUCGAAACCGGAGGCGUCCUGAAUACUCGUAAAUGGAUCGGCACGCAUGAAGCUCUCGCAUACUUCACGGAGGCUGGCUUACCCGUCGAGGCGCUCGCCUUCCGCGAAGAUGAGGAGCCACAAAACAAGAAGUCCACCAACGCUCAACCGGCCGUAGUCUCACUCAUAGACCAUGUGGAAGCCUACUUCAUCUCCGCCCAUGAACAGCCCGGCACCAAACACCAUGGGACAUCGCACAUUACCAACCUUCCACCGCUCUACUUCCAGAGAUUUGGGCACUCGACUACGAUCGUGGGCUUGGAGAGGAAGGACGAUGGAAGUAGGAAUUUGCUGGUGUUCGACCCUAGCUAUGCCACCUCAGCGGCCGUGGGACGGUUGUUGGCGGGCAGAAAUGCAUGGGCCGGACAUGAUGCGGUGCUGAAGGCUUAUCGGAGGAGCGAUAUGAGUUUGAGCCGGUGGGAUGAGUUUGAGAUCAUUGCGCCGAGGGUGGAUGGUACUAAGCGGUGA